AUGCUGGAACUACUUUUGAUAUUACAAUUAGAGGUGCUACUUCCGGUGGUGACGGAACUCCCUACAAUUAUCUGGAAAUCAAUUCUAUUCUAUGUCGCGCAAAUAUCUGUUAGACUUCAAGCAGAUAAUCCGAUACCAUGGCGAAGUGAUUCAGCUUUACAAGACAGGGGAAACAAAAGAGAAGAUUUAACUGGUGGAUUGUAUUAUGCUGGGGACUAUGUUAAAUUUGGAUUUCCCAUGGCGGCAUCAACCGCAUUGCUAUCAUGGAGUCUUCUACAUUACAGAGAUUCUUAACAAGCCAGAGGACAACUUGACGCUAUGUACGACUGUAUAAGAUGGCCACUUGAAUGGCUGAUUAAAUGUCACACAGAAGUGAACGAGCUUUAUGUUCAGGUAGGAGAAGGCACAAAGGACCACUACGUUUGAAAGAGACCCGAAGAUAUGACAAUGGAUAGAAAAGCUUUUAAAAUCAAUGCAAGAAAACCAGGAAUUGACGUAGCUGGAGAAUAUGCCGCGGCUAUGGCUGUUGGAUCUAUGGUAUUCAAAGACAAAGAUCCUGCUUUUUCUGCAGAACUCUUGACACACGCAAAACAAAUAUAUAAAUUUACAAAAGAUCACAAAGGGAAAUACAGUGAAAGCGUCCCGGAAGCAGCUGCUUAUUACAAGUUAGUGAUAUAUGGUGAAGAACUGCCUUGGGGAGCUGUUUGGUUUUACAUGGCAAUUAAUAUGUCUGAAUACCUGACUGAUGCAGAGACUUUCCAUGUCCCAGGACCAGCAUGGGGUCAAUCAUGGGAUGAACUAAAUACAGGAAAUAUGGUCUGA